UCCACUGGAUUUGAAAUUUUUUCAUGGGACAUUUUUUAGUAAUCAACUUACAAGAGAAAGAAAUGGAUCAGCAGGGAAGUCAGUCAACUUCAACCAAGAUUGAGAGAAGGGUUAUAGAGAAAAAUAGGAGGAAUCAGAUGAAAAUCCUCUACUCCAAGCUUAAUUCUCUACUACCAAACCAGAAUUCCAAGGAGGCACUGUCACUACCUGAUCAAAUAGAUGAAGCUAUAAAAUACAUCAAAAGCCUAGAGACAAAGCUGAAGAAGUCUAAGGAGAAGAAGGAGAGUUUAUGUGUUAAUGGCAGGAAAAGAUCAUACACUUGCACAAGUUUUGAUGCUAAAUCGAGCCUAAAAUCGCCCAAAAUGGAAAUUCGUGAAAUGGGUUCCGCUCUAGAGGUUGUUUUGAUAACUGGGCUAGAUAAUCAGUUCUUGUUCUAUGAAAUUAUUCACAUUCUUCAUGAAGAACAAGCAGAGGUCUUGACUGCCAAUUUUUCAAUUUCUGGAGACUCAAUUUUCCAUGUGGUGCAUGCAGAGAUAAAGUCUGGAUCUUUAUUCGAUUUUGGGGCAGCAAAAGUAACUGAGAGACUGAAAAGAUUCAUUUACGGAUCCACCAGUGAUGUAGAUUUGGAGCCAGAGCUUUGCUGGGACUUGGAUAUCCAUCCUGAAUCGUGGGAUUUCCAAGUAUAAUAAUGCAAUGUGAAAGGUUUGAAAUUUCGAGAUCAGCUAGCUAUAUGGGAACUGUAAAAUUAGGUAGAAAACUUGAAGUCUAUAUAAAGAUCACGGAAAUGUUAUUAGUCAUGUAUUCCUACUAAUGAUGACUAAUUUAAAGAAGAGAUGCUAUUGAUCUUA